AGAUCAUAGCUAAAAAAUAAUCUGGAGUGAGCGACAAGCAAGCGGCGGCCGUCAUGGAUUCAUCGCCGCCGAAGACUAUCACCAAGGCUCUGCCGCGUUUCUCUGAACUCAAACCUCCGCUCUCAGAAGAUAUCAUCGAGGCGCUUGACCGGUCCGGUUUCGAGGUCUGCACUCCGGUUCAGGCCGAGACGAUCCCUUUCCUCUGCAGCCACAAGGAUGUUGUCGUCGACGCAGCCACUGGUUCUGGAAAAACCCUAGCUUUCCUCCUUCCCUUCAUAGAGAUUAUCCGUCGAUCCAACUCCUACCCUCCGAAGCCACACCAGGUAAUGGGGGUGAUUAUAUCGCCAACUAGAGAGCUAUCAGCGCAGAUACAUAAGGUGGCAGAGCCAUUUGUCUCGACUUUGCCAAAUGUGAACUCUGUCCUGCUUGUUGGAGGUCGAGAGGUGGAAGCUGACAUGAAUACUCUCGAAGAAGAAGGAGCCAAUCUCUUGAUCGGCACCCCUGGAAGGCUUUCAGAUAUGAUGAAACGAAUGGAGUUUCUGGAUUUUCGAAAUCUCGAGAUUCUUAUCUUAGAUGAGGCCGAUAGACUUUUGGAUAUGGGGUUCCAGAAGCAGGUCAAUUACAUUAUAUCUCGCUUGCCAAAGCAACGUAGGACUGGCCUCUUUUCAGCUACACAAACACAAGCUGUUGCAGACCUGGCCAAGGCUGGCCUUAGGAAUGCUAUGGAAGUUAUAUCGGGAGCUGAGUCAAAGUCGAAAACGUCUUCUGGUCUGUAUUGUGAGUAUUUAAAAUGCGAAGCAGAUCAAAAGUCAUCACAACUAGUGCAUCUCCUGAUCGAGAACAAAAAUAAAAAGCUUGUCGUAUUCUUCAUGACAUGUGCUUGUGUUGAUUACUGGGGACUCGUACUUUCAAAAAUUCCUACCCUCAAGUCCAUUUCCUUCUUUUCCACCCAUGGGAAGAUGGAUCAGAAAGGUAGAGACACGGCAUUAGCUUCGUUUACAGAGGCAUCAAGCGGUGUCCUUCUAUGCACAGAUGUCGCUGCACGUGGACUUGACAUUCCAGGCAUCGAUUACGUUGUUCAGUAUGAUCCCCCACAAGACCCAGAUGUAUUUAUCCAUAGGGUUGGCAGGACUGCAAGAAUGGAAAGACAAGGUAGGGCCAUUGUGUUUUUAAUGCCCAAGGAGACAGACUAUGUAGAGUUCAUGCGCAUUCGAAGGGUCCCUCUUCAGGAGAGAAAAUGCUCUGAGAACGCUUCUGAUGUCAUCCCGAUUAUACGUUCACUAGCCAUCAAGGACCGGGCAGUGUUGGAGAAGGGAUUACAGGCAUUUGUUUCCUUUGUCCGUGCUUAUAAGGAGCAUCACUGCUCUUACAUUUUCAGUUGGAAAGGACUUGAAAUCGGAAAGUUAGCCAUGGGAUAUGGCAUCUUGUCUUUUCCUUACAUAUCUGAAGUUAAACAAGACAGAAUUGGCAUUGUCGGUUUUACACCUGUCCAAGGCAUCACGUUUGAGGACAUAAAAUACAAGAACAAAUCUCGGGAGAAACAAAGACAGCAAAACUUACUAGCAAGGAAAGACAAACUGCAACAAGAAAAGAGAGGGAAACGCAAGAAAAGCUCCAAAGAGGCGGUUGAUGAUUCUAACAAAGCGUCGAGAAAGAGAAAGUUAACGGGGAGGCAAAGACAAACUAUCCAAACAGCGCAAGAUGAAGAAGAAAUGAAUUUGAGAUUAUAGCUUACUGGAAAAACUGAAGAAAGGCUCAAUUAUAGAAGAUGAUUUUGCUAAACUUACAGGAGCUCAUGAUUUUGUCUGAUAAAGAAGCAAGAAAACAUUUCAGGCUUCAGCAGAGAUGGGAAGGUGGACGACUAUUUAUUAUAACUGAGAUCAUGUUUUGUCUUUUGGUUGAUUCUAAACAUAUUGGUCAGAAAGAAUUUAACAAAAGGAUUCUCAAAUUUAAAAAGCUC